CCAAAGCAAAGCCCGUCUCUUAAACAGGUAAAAGCCCUAAGCAACUGUCUCUAUAUAAACCACUCCUUCUAGGGUUUACUUUUGCGUACACAGCCUCAACAACCCUAACGCGUGCAGAGCAGAGAGAGACGCAGCCAUGGGGCGAAGACCCGCGAGGUGUUAUAGGCAAAUUAAGAACAAACCAUACCCCAAGUCACGGUUUUGCCGUGGUGUUCCUGAUCCCAAGAUCAGGAUUUACGAUGUUGGUAUGAAGAAGAAGGGUGUUGAUGAGUUUCCUUUCUGUGUCCAUCUGGUUAGUUGGGAGAAGGAAAACGUUUCUAGUGAGGCCCUGGAAGCUGCUCGUAUUGCUUGCAACAAGUACAUGGCCAAAUUUGCUGGAAAGGAUGCUUUCCACUUGAGAGUCAGGGUGCACCCAUUCCAUGUUCUUAGGAUCAACAAGAUGCUUUCGUGUGCCGGAGCUGAUAGGCUCCAAACUGGAAUGAGAGGUGCUUUUGGAAAGCCACAGGGUACUUGUGCUAGAGUGGCUAUUGGACAGGUCCUUCUUUCUGUCCGCUGCAAGGACAGCAACAGCCAUCAUGCCCAGGAGGCCCUUCGCCGUGCCAAGUUCAAGUUCCCUGGUCGUCAAAAGAUUAUUGUUAGCAGGAAAUGGGGCUUCACCAAGUUUAGUCGUUCUGAUUAUCUCAAGUUCAAGUCAGAGAAUAGAAUUGUGCCCGAUGGUGUGAAUGCUAAGCUUCUUGGUUGCCAUGGACCAUUGGCCAACCGUGAACCCGGAAGGGCCUUUUUGGAUACUGCUACUGGUUCUUAGUCUGUUUGUUAAUUUGGAAAUACUAGACUUUGGAUUACUUUAGUUUUGCAAGAGUGAAUUUGAGUUAUUGUCAGAACAUUCCAAUUACUUAAAUUGUUUGCGAACCUCUUCAAUUUGGUUAUUUUAAUGUUAUAUUUUGUUAUGAUGCACAA